CGCUGCCUUGGGGAAGCAGCAGCAGUUUUCUUCUGCUCGUGGGGCCUCUCCGCCAGCUGGACGCUUCAUGGCUUCUCCCAGGUUAGAAACCUACUGCUGCCCGAACCGGGAUGCAGCUACGCAGCUAGUGAUGAACUUCCAGCCUGAAGUCUUCUGUGGAGUUUGCAUUGGCAGCGCCUCCGUCAGUCUGCUACUGACCAUCCUGCAGCUCCUGCCGAAGAAGGGACAGAGCCCGCGGAAGAUGCCCAAAGCCUCCUCCUCUUCCACCAUCCUUCUCCUUAUCUCUGUUUGUGACAUCCUUGGUGGCUUAGGUAUGAUCUUCAGGUCAAGUGUAUGGCUGGGCUUCCCAGGCUUCAUAGCUAACAUUUCUGUGGUGAACGGGACCGACGUGUGGCCUUCUGCUUUCUGCGUGGGGAGCGCGAUGUGGAUCCAGCUAUUAUAUAGUGCUGGCUUCUGGUGGUUGUUUUGCUACGCCGUUGAUUCUUACUUGGUGGUAAGAAGAUCAGCUGGACUAAGUACGAUUGUGCUGUACCACAUGAUGACGUGGGGCCUCGCGGUGAUGCUCUGCGUGGAGGGAAUUGCACUGCUUUACUACCCUUCUCUCUCCAGCUGUGAAAAUGGCUUGGAACAUGCAAUCCCACAUUACAUCACAACCUAUGCCCCUCUCCUGCUAGUGCUGGUGGUCAACCCCAUCCUGUUUAGGAGGACAGUAUCAGCAGUUGCCUCCUUACUGAAAGGGAGACAAGGGAUUUACACAGAGAAUGAGAGACGUCUGGGAACGGAGAUCCAGAUCCGCUUCUUCAAAAUUAUGCUGGUAUUUGUUAUUUGCUGGUCAUCCAAUAUCAUCAACGAAAGCCUUUUGUUCUACCUCGAAAUGCAGCCAGAUAUCAAUGAAAUGCCUCUGAAGAACAUUAGAAGUGCCGCACUGAUCACAUGGAUUAUAAUGGGGGUUCUUAAUCCGAUGCAAGGCUUCCUCUUCACAUUAGCUUUCUAUGGCUGGACAGGGUGGAGAGUGGACCUGAAAUGGCGAAAAAGAGAGAUACCCUGGGAGUCAAUGUCCUCAUCGACUGCAGGUGAAAAUGCCUAUCCCUCACCAGUGAACUACCAAAGCAACCUCCACGAUUCAAAGAAGGUAUCGACAACUGACAGCCAGCAGACCGAUGAGGCUAUAAGCAUGUUGUCGGAAGGUAACACUAGUGGUGAUGACAGAUUAACCAGGAGCUCUCCCAUCUACCAGGGCUGGUAGUUUAUAGGUGCAGAGCUGGAUCCCACUUCUUACAUUGUGAAGACUCAUAAAACCACAUCACUGUGUGAACCAGUGCGUACUCUGGAAUUAGGUUUGUGCUCAAAGUCUUGAUAGCAUUUCCUGUAACUUCUGUGUGUGUGAGAGAGAGCAUGUGAGAUGGAGAGAAAUUAUGGUUUAUGUCUCCAUUCACCUUAUAGGAGAUGUGUUAAAAAGAAUAAAAUCCUGAUCCUUUUUUAGCAGGAGUGUAUCUCAGCAAAGGUCUAUGUUACUUGUAAUUCUUUUUCAUCCAUUUUGUUUUAAUUUGUCUUGUAACGUCCGUAUGGUAGAAGAGUCUUUUCUUUAAAUAAACGGACUAUUAGUAUGUCAGGUUUUUAAA